AUGAUUAAAAUCUACGUGUACUGUUGUCUUCUUUCUGCUCUGAGUGUUGUGGAGGUGAAGACUCUCAACAUAAAUGGCCGUGUUGGGGAAAGUGUCGAAUUCAAAUGCUCAUGGUUGAACACUUGGGGUAAUGUAAGGGAAAACGAUAAGUACUUUUGUAACAGUCCAUGCAAAGAAGGCAAACACAUCAUCAACAAAGCAGCAUUUAAAAAAACUACAUAUAAAGGCAGAAUAGAGUUAACUAACUCAGGAGAAAGUUUAUUUGUGACCUACAAGAAUCUCCAAAAGUCAGACUCUCGCACAUAUUAUUGUGGAGUGGACAGAUGGGGCAAAGAUUCCUUUAUAACGGUGAAUCUUAAAGUUACAGAUGCCAAGUCUUCCAGUCCAAAGACGACUCCAAUACCCCUCAUUGUGUCCACGCUCUCAGAUAUUAUUACUGAUGUCUUCUCAUCAUACACGGCUCUUGAUACAUCAACACCUACUGCAUCAGCAGCACAAGGAGCUGGACGUGUGACAUAUUUAACUGUCAGUGCCAUCGUUGUAAUAACCAUACUGAUGGUCUUACUGAAGCUUAUGCACAAAAUGAGAACGCAUCAACUGAAAGUUGUGUCAAGUGCUCGUACGCCACAAGAAGAUACACAAGAGGCUGUUGAAUAUGAUGAAAUCAGACCUGAAGACCCGACUAACUCAGCUUGUCUCUAUGCUAAUUAUUCCUACCACCAAGACACAGCUGGGACUGGUAAUCGCUGCGAUGUUUCUUUCAAUUCAGCUUCCACGUAUGAGGUCAAUUCAAGGGGGGUAUCUGCAGAGAGCAGAGUCACAGAUCCACAAUGUGACCUGGUGUAUUCUGUUGCUCAACUACCCAAAGAACAAAUUGAACCUACUGGGCAAUCUCAACCAAAUCAGUGUGAAAGCUAUGAAAAUUACUCUCUCUAUUCCCUGGCUCAGCUACCAAAGGUGUCCUAA